CGCUUCGAGUAAGAGCGGAACGAUCGCUUUUUAUUCACGUUCCAAGUACUUUUUACUUGCGAGUUACGAUCCAUACGGGUAUAAAUUAUUUUAAGAAAAUGUCGCACAGAUUAAUAAAUUCAUCUUAUUAUUUUGCACGAAAUUCUACGUUCAUCAAGAAACAACGUGGAUUUUUUAAAUAACAUUGGUAAAAUAUUAACGAUCUUAUCAGUCGAUAAGAGUUAAAGAGUCAAACACGUUUCAUUAAAUUUAAAUAAGUAUUAAUGUAAAUGCCAGUGACAUUGUCAUUGUUAAGUUGAGAAUAAAAAAGAUGAAAUCGAAUAAGAUGUCUCAUUAUCUCAAACAAUUAAGAGGAGACAUUAUCGAAAAUUGGAGAGCAACAGAGGAGGUGAUGGAAGAUAAGAGGGGAGAAAAAAUACACGACCUGCGACUUUAAAAUCCAGUGCCUACUCUCGACAAUCGACUGAUUUUAUUAAAUGGGAAUUUCUCGUAACGCCUCCGAUAAACGUUAUCACGUGCUACUGCACGAUCAAUUACGUAAAAGCACGCCAGUGUCGUGAUCGCCUUAUAAUAGAGUUGAUCCAGUCUUUCGACUUUGCUAUGUUUCGAUGAACAUCGAGUCAGUGAAAAAAGACAAAAGGAAACGACAUCCUUGACAUAUCUCUAUAUUCUUGUUUAUAGCCUCUUUUGUUAUCUCAUCAUGACAUUUUAAUCAUUUGACAUUGAAUAUAUUUUCUAGUCGCGAACUCUCUUCAUUAAGGAAUAAUUUUGAUCGAGGCUACAAUAAGAAAUAUUCGAGUUUUCAAAUGUCGUUGAGAAGCGAGGAACACGGUGUUGAGGAUAUCUUGCUUCGUUGUCCUCCUCCUCUUGCUCCACCUCCUGCUCCUCCUCCUCCACCUCCUCCUCCUCCAUCUCUUCCUCCUCCUCCUCUUCCUCCUCCUCCUUCUCCUGCCCCUUCUCAUCAUCGUCAACAUCAUCUAACAAAGUUCAACGUAGAGAUCCGGCAAACCGAUGAAAUCAUUGUGCAAGAUGCUCUUAACGAAACAGGAUUUGGAAAGUUUAAUUUCAAAGUCUUGGCCGUUUCCGCUCUUAUCUGUAUGAAUGCUGCCUUUGGCAUGCUGAGCAUAGGAUUUAUUUUGCCAGCGGCGGCAUGCGAUUUUAAGAUGACGACGGAAGACAAAGGUCACCUGACUGUAUCGACCAUGCUAGGUAUGUUGUCGGGUUCUUAUUUCUGGGGCUGCCUCGCUGAUACGAAAGGACGGAGAAUUUCUCUCCUGGCAUGUCUCUUCCUUCACGGUGGCUCAGAAUUCUUAGCAUCGCUGAUACCAUUUUAUUGGGGCUUCGUGUUAGUCAAAUUUAUCAGCGGUCUGGCUAUAUGUGGACAGUUAACGUUGCUCUAUACAUAUCUUGCCGAAUUUCAACCAAUUAAAAAACGUGAUUUGUUUCUCUCAUGGAUGGAAACGGCAUGGGUAAUGGGAAUGGUAAUCGUCGCGUGCGUAGCCUGGGCUACGGUCCCGUUGGACAUAAAAUAUAAGACUGACACGUUUUCCUUUCACUCGUGGAACUUGUUCAUCAUGAUCUGUUCUUUGCCAUCUUUUACAAUUGGGAUUUGGUUAUCAUUCUUUCCAGAAACUCCAAAGUAUCUUGCCGAGACCGGACAAAAUGUUAAGAUGUUGAAGGUUUUAACUAGAAUGUAUUCAGAGAAUACGGGGAAUUCUUUGGAAAAAUAUUUGACGAAUUUGAAAAACUGUGAAAACCAGUUGCUUUCAGAACUGGUCUUUCGUUUAGAAGAAAAGAUGAACGAGAAAGAAGAGACGAUCGAACCAAAAUCAUUGAAGAUUAUUAUAACGAAUACUUUUUUGCAAACGUUGAUGCUCGUACGAAAGCCAUACUUGCAUAGGACCUUCAUUGUAUGUUCCGCCACAUAUUUGAUUAUGACUUCUUACUAUAUGUUGCUUCUGUGGUUGCCUGAUCUUUUUCGAAGAUAUGCCGAAUUUCAGGAACAUUUUCCUAAUCGAUCGGCCACUGUAUGCACCGUUGUCGCAUUUGAGAAGAACAACAAAACCAUAACGAGUACGGAUCCCUUCGGUUGCAAUACUCCGAUACAGAGCAGCGUCUUCUUAUAUGCAUUUAUUUUAGCAUUAUCAGGCGUUCCUAUUGGUCUUACGUUACCUCUCUUAAUAAAUCGUUUAGGAUAUAAAUUCUUUUUAGUUGUCGGUACGAUAAUAGCCAGUAUUGUAUCCUUCUGUAUUUUUCUUGUUAAAACAUCUGUUGAAAAUUUAGUCAUCUCGUGUAUCUUUGAGUCCGUUACAUCGAUUUGCGUUAGCGUUGUCUCCUGUAUGUUGAUCGACUUCUAUCCAACUCAUUUAAGAUCAAUAGCAGCCGGUCUUGCUUCAUUUUUUAGUCGGUUAGGAGCAAUGAUGGGGAACUUGAUGACCGGAAUGUUGAUUGAUUAUCAUUGCAGGGUCGUUAUUAUAUUGGUAGGCUUACAACUUUUUGUGUGCGGUAUACUCUGCUUGCUUACACCGAAAAAGAAAGAAAUGAAAAAAGCAAAGAUAACCAAAUUCUGAAGAUAUUACAAUUGGGAUAUUUUCUACAACGAGCUAUUUAGAGAUAUUCUCGAAGAAUGAAAAAAAAAUAAAUAAAAAUAUACAACUUC